AUGACGGGUGAUAAAGAGAAUUACGGCACCAGCGACACGAUCGAUACCAACGACGCAAAUGACACCGACAACACCAAUAACACAAACGACACCAAGGACACCAAUGACACCAGAAGAAGCGAAGGAGCACCUGGAAAACCCCGCAAAAAGGUCUGGAAAACAAAAGUCAAGACAGGAUGCAUUACUUGUCGCAUUCGACGAGUCAAGUGCGACGAAGAGAAACCUAAUUGCAAGCGAUGUACGUCUACUGGACGAAAAUGCGAUGGAUAUGAACCCCCUAAAGCCCAAAAGCAAGCCAAUCAAGCCCUCGUGAGAACAGCGAGGCCUCCCACAUCCACCCGAUCAUCACCAGAUCUUGUCCCAAGAUAUGGCAAAUCAACCCCAGCAACCUUCAUGGACCCCGCGUUUGCAUCUGAAAUAUCAGCAGAGAGGCAGAGUCUGAAGUUCUUUCAAAUGUAUACCGCGCCUGAAAUGGCAGGAUUCUUCGACUCUACGUUUUGGGUCCAGGACCUUCUUGUGGCGGCAGAGACACAUCAAGCUAUCCGAUACGCCGUCACUGCGCUCGGUGCUCUCCAUCAGAAGUUCAUUGGCUGCACCCUCCCUGUCCUCCCUGACGAUGUAUCAGACCAGACGCUGCGAUUUGGAUUGAAGCAAUGCAACCGCUCUAUCCAAGAAAUCAUAAAACAGUCAGGCUCGAGCGGGAUGUCAAGAUUGGACCGGAUAAACGCUAUGACUGCAUGCGUCUUGUUCAUGUGCUUUGCCAGCAUUCAAGGCCAUAACUCUGAAGCUAUAGAACAUCUCCGUGGAGGACUGAAACUCUUACGAGAGUCUGACGCCAUCCAGCAGACUGCUCGUCACGACAAGCAGACUCACCCAGUGUCCAUGGAGUCGCUACGAGGCAUGUUUGUCACUCUCGACAUUCACGCCCGUGGCAUGAUUAGCGACAAGGAUAUCAUGUCCUGGGAACCUAUACCGAGCGCCGACCCGCAUACGAUCCCGUUGGAGGUCAAAUCUCUCCCACAAAUACGCUACUACAUGGAGGGAACCUUCAAUGAAGUGCUCGCUUUCCUCCAAGGCCUCGACCUCUAUCCACCGACUACACCAGAAGCCGUGGAUGUCGUGACCUCUACAUUCAAUGGCUUCAUGGAGAAAAUAGAGCUAGGCGAUAAGGUGCUCGAAGAAUACCUCCGUCGCCCGACGACCCGGCUUAGUCAAGAAGAGCAAACAGCCGUCCUAGCGCUGAAGCUGCACCGGAAUGAUAUUGCCGCUUUCUCAAUUAUGUUCCAGCUGCAGUCCGAGCUCGCGGAGAUGGCGUGGGAUCACUGUGAGUCACAAUUCAUUGACAUGGUCGCCAUCUCCACUCAGCUGUUGGGCGCAGAGCAAGGCGGACUAGUACAGCUCUACCCUUCCACUUCCAUACCCGCAUUGCCCCCGUACGGUCCUUCGUUCUCCAAGAUCCAAAACGCAUCUAGCGCUACCCAGCGCUCCCGGCGCCCGAUCUUCACCGUCGGAUUUGGCGUCGUCAUCUCCCUCUUCCUCGUCGCCUACCGCAGCCGCCACCCCGUCAUUCGCCGCCAAGCAAUAUCCCUUCUCCUCAACUACCCCCGUCGCGAAGUGCUAUGGGAUGGCGUGCUAGCAGGGCGAAUAGCACGAGAAUCGAUGAUGAUGGAAGAAACAGCAUACUUGAACCACGUCGGGCUCCCACUAUCAGACAUCCGGACAGUUUUGACAGCAGCGGGGGAUCUGCCGCUGCACCUGCGCACGCGUGAUAUUGAGAUCAUCUAUACUGGGAUGCGCCAAGCGAAUGCCACUUUCAGGAGUAUAGCGGACUUUCAAGAGGGGCGAAAGGGGGUGACGAAGACGAUUCAUUGGUAA